AGCCAGAAUGGAAAGUUCCCAUCAGAAUCAGGUGUGCCAAAGAAGCAGGAAAGCUUUCUGAGGACCUGUUACAUUUAUGAACCGUCGCUUUUGAGAUUCUGAGAGGAUGGAGGAGCAACCAAGCUGUCCCAAUGUUAGCAUUCCAUGCUAUAAUGAGCAGAGGGACAAGAAGAAACGCUAUACUGUUUACAAAGUUAUGGUCAGUGUUGGAAGACAUGAGUGGUUUGUGUUCAGGAGAUAUGCAGAAUUUGACAAAUUGUACAACACGUUGAAAAAACAAUUUCCUGCGCUGAAUUUGAAGAUUCCUGCUAAGAGAAUAUUUGGCGACAAUUUUGACCCAGAGUUUAUAAAACAGAGACGAGCAGGGUUACAUGAGUUCAUUCAGAGGAUCGUAUCCCAUUCACAGCUCUGCAGCCAUCCCGAUGUCAAAGUCUUUCUGCAGAUGGACAAAGCCAAAAACUUCUCUGAUGGCUCAGAGGAUGAAGACGACAAGAGUAACUCUACCUCUAGAAACAUUAACCUGGGGCCAUCUGCAAAUCCACACGCAAAGCCCACUGACUUUGACUUUCUUAAAGUCAUAGGAAAGGGAAGCUUUGGGAAGGUUCUUCUUGCAAAGAGGAAACGGGAUGGGAAGUGUUAUGCCAUCAAAGUCUUGCAAAAAAAGGUCAUCCUAAACAGGAGAGAGCAAAAGCACAUCAUGGCUGAGCGCAAUGUGUUGCUGAAGAAUGUUAAACACCCCUUCCUGGUUGGCCUGCACUAUUCCUUUCAGACAACGGACAAGCUAUACUUUGUUCUGGAUUUUGUCAAUGGUGGAGAACUUUUCUUUCAUCUCCAAAAAGAGCGGACCUUUCCUGAACCCAGAGCAAAGUUUUAUAUCGCCGAGAUGGCAAGCGCUCUGGGUUACUUGCACUCUCUUAACAUUGUUUACAGGGAUUUAAAACCAGAAAAUAUCCUGCUGGACUCUCAAGGCCAUAUAGUCUUGACUGACUUUGGACUGUGUAAGGAGGGCAUCUCUCAAGCAGACACAACCACCACAUUUUGUGGGACACCUGAGUAUCUAGCUCCAGAAGUACUCAGGAAACAACCCUAUGAUAACACUGUGGACUGGUGGUGUCUGGGCUCUGUGCUGUAUGAAAUGCUUUAUGGACUGCCUCCGUUCUACAGCAGGGACACGCAUGAGAUGUAUGACAACAUUCUUCACAAGGAGCUUGUCAUGCGGCCCGGGGCAUCCACAGCUGCGUGGUCCAUCCUUCAGACCCUGCUGGAGAAAGACCACACCAGGAGGCUUGGCUACAGAGAUGACUUUAAUGAAGUCAGAGAACAUGAAUUUUUUUCUUCUAUUAACUGGGAUGACCUUGAACAGAAAAAGAUUCCUCCUCCAUUUAACCCUAGUGUGGAAUCCCAGUAUGACAUCUCAAACUUUGAUCCUGAGUUUACAGAGGAAACCGUGCCAAACUCUGUGUGCUUCUCAUCAGGGCCGUCGAUCGUCAAUGCGAGUGUCAUGGAAGCGGACGAUGCCUUUUUGGGAUUUUCUUACGCUCCGCCAUCAGAAGAUUCUUUCCUGUAAGGUUGGCGCUGCUAAUGCCGAUUUAAAGAGAGCUGCAUAAAAAAUGAUCUGUGAAUGCUCUCUCUGACGAAAGGGAAGAGUCUGCCAAGCAUCAUGUUUCCAUCAGAUGGUGUGGACCCUUGUGUUUCUUGACAGAAGCAGCGCAUAAAGCUUUGGGUUGCAGGGUGUUUCAAACUUUAUUUUUUACAUGUAAAUAACAUAUUUUGUGUCACAUCGAACGCCUUAAACUGAGAGUUUAGCUCAGGAGCUGAAGUGCUAAUGUAUUUUUCUUUUGCUAUGAAUUAUUUUCAAGGGCUGAUGAAAAGAAAACAAACAUCCACUUUGACAACAUUCCUUUUUUUGUGCCCCAACUCGUACACUUGAUUGCUUGUAAUACUGUGCAGUAUAUGACCAAUUAUGUCAUUGUAGUUUAGAUUCUUACAAGAAAUUUGCUAUGGAAAAAAUGUUUAUAUAUUGUCAGCACAAGCAGAUAUUUUUGUUGCUUGACACUUUAAAUUAAUAUAUACACA